AUAGGUCUAAUGUCGCUUAGCGAAGAAGAGGCCAACUUGGCAACAUACAGUCUCCAAUUACAGCAGGUGGAGGCUGCCCUCACUAAUGACCCCUCAAACCCCGAGUUGACCAAACUCAAAUCAGACUUAGAGGAAGUAAUCAACCUCACUAAAGAACUGAUUGACACUACCAAGGCCUCCAGUAGUUCGAACCACAAGAACAACGAUGGUAGUGAUUUUUCAAAUGGAGCCAAAAGAGGACAACACCACUAUUCUGACGAUGAAGAUAGUUUUCAACCUAAAAAAUCCAAAAUCGUCAACACAAAUGAAAGCAACGGUAGUGCCGAUAAAGUUCCAUCCUCCUUAUACGGCGGAGAAGGUGAAGACGAAGAUUUUCACCUGCAGUUCCACGAAAUCAAAUGGGAGCCAGGAAUGCAGUGCUACGCUCCUUGGUCAAAAGAUGGAAAGCUAAAUGCGGCAACCAUCAAAGAGGUGUCUGGGGACAAACAGACAGUUACUGUAUCAUUUGACGGGUAUGGAAUUGUUGAAAAAUGCACCACUGGUAGGUUGAAACACCCGAAACAAGUAUCAGAUUUUAUAAAACAGAGGUCAAAACGGAGCAUGAUGGAAAUGCAAAGAGAGAAGAAAAAGAAGAAAAAUCAAAACAGGGUUCAAAAACUGAAGGAGUUGGACGAAACGAAAGAACAAGAGAAGAAAAGCUGGAAGAGUUUCAUGGGUAAGACAAACAAAAAAGGAAUCAAUAAAAACAGUAUUUUUAAAUCGUCAGAUGAGACCAAGUUUGCUGGAGGUAAAAAUUACAACGCAGGAGGUGAUUGUCCAAUUUCGAAGGGAAUGUCUUCCCGAUUCUGAUGUUUUUUUUGUUAUCAUUAUCAAGCAGUUAAUUGUGAUCUUUUUCGGUGUUUUUGUUUUGUGCGUAAUUUUUGCUCCGUUCGAGCCUAAAACGGAAGUGCACUACAUACAUUUCCUGUCAUGCUA